GUUUUUUUUGUCGAUAAAGUUUAAGUUUUUUCAAGAGCCCUCCCCAACCUGUGCGGCGCGUAGCGGAGAGAUAGGCCUGUUUAGGGCAGAGACAGCAAGCACGCGCAGCAAAGUAGCCAUUAGCUGAAAAACUACGGUGAAAAACUAAAAUAACGGUGCAAACCUGUUGUCGAGCCAGACCGGAAGAGGGGUGUGAGCCAAAUAAGAUUUUAUGCCAUUACGAGACGAGUUUUGGCCAGGUUUUUGAUUCCCCCCCGAGAGUAAUUGGGAGAUGGUUCCGGACCGGAUCGUUCUGGACUUCUCCUGAUCCAUGGAUGGCGAGCCUACCCAAGGAGCACAAUAAUCCGGACUGGCUGUAGAGCAUCACGUGGUCCUUUACUUUUCCUCACUACUACAAAAUCUCUGCCAAGGUCGCGGUAGGAGAUUGAACACUAACUGUGGAUCCAAUACACUUUAAAGGAGCACUACCAAAAACUGGAUACAUCUGCUAACAAACUUUAAAGGGUUUUGCUAAGCAAUUGGACAUUUAGAAAAACAGUUCUUUGUUUGCUUUGCAUAUUGAAUUGUCUUUUGUUUGAUAUCUGAUAUUUUGUAACUUUAAAGGAUACUUUUGGUGUAAAUUUAAAGUGACAAAACUGAUUUUAAAAAAAGUGAAAAGGGUAAAUACAGUGAACUCAAAAGAAAGCUUAAAACUAAAUUUAAGUUAAAUAAAUUUAGUUCUGUAACUAAAAUCCCUUUAAACUAAAUGACCGGUCAUCUUUAAUUAAAAUAGAUUGAAACUGAAAUUAACUUGAACAAAACCUUUUAUUUGAACUUUAACUGAAAAAGUAAAGGAACAAAACAACAUAAAGGGUGUUUAAGAGGUGUCUUAACAUUACUUAAGAACCAUAUUUGUAUGUUUAUUGUUGUUUGUCAAUUGUUCAGUAAACUGCCGGCUUUUUCUUUUCCAUUCUACCUUUUAUAUUGAUUCUUGGCUCUUUUAUUCAAUACACACCACUCCGUGCGAACCUAUAUCUGGUCCAGUAGCUUGACUACCUCUGCCUAAUAGCAUAGGUGCUACAAGUACUUGGCGAGCCAGCCAGGAGUGGUUCGUAUAUAAUUUUCAGAGCUCAAAUUUGACUAAGAACUGAACAAAAAAAUGGAAGCCGUGCAACGAAGUAAUGUUAAGAUGCCAAACUCACUUCUUAUUACUGGUUUAACUGACACUGAAUCUGAUGAAGAGCUUUUUGACUUCCUCAAACAAUAUGGGUCCAUUCAGACAAUGGUACCUGUAGAUCCCCCGUGUCCAGAAAAGGGCAAGCAGUCCUUUCUUGAGUACGCGUCCAGUGCACCAGUGCAGGCAUUAUCUAGCUUACUGCCAUACAGAUUCUCACCCAAGAACAAACCUGACAUACUUUACCUUGUCGAGGCAUUAAGCUCAGUUUACAGCCCCGUAGUUAGCAAGGCAGCUACUCAGACUUACCUGACUGAACUGAGAGACAUUGCAAGACUGACAGGUAAAGACUUUGCAGACUUACUGAGAGACGAACUUUCCUCUAUAAGCCAAGUAGUUAACCCUGACGAAAAUGACUCAGGUGACCGCCAGGACUCACCCCAAGUCCCUGACACGAAUGCUCCUCUCAGUCCUCUGCAAGAGAACCCACCAACUCUUGAACCAGUCCACCCACUGAUCCAAGCUCCAGUUGAGAAUCUCCCACAAGUGCAGGUCAAUGUUAAGACACCCACUCUCAAACCUUCUGAAGUAAACCCACCAGAGCUUCAGAAAGUAAUAGUGGAACAUGUGCUGAGAACUGAAGACUUCAAUGCUCAGAUGAACACUCCUUUCAGAUUGAGACCCUUUUCAGGGCGCUGUCCCCACCCAAACAACGAAGUCGACUAUGAGAGCUGGCGCUCGAGUGUGGAACUCCUUUUAAAAGACCCCAGACAGCCUGAUUCAUGCAAGUCCAGGAGGCUCUACGAAAGUCUCUCUUCACCUGCUGUCGAUCUGGUAAAGCACAUACCUACCGAGUCACCUCCUUCCACCUACUUGAAAAUACUCGACUCUGCCUUCGGUACGGUUGAAGAUGGAGACGACCUCUUUGCCAAAUACUUGAACACUGUGCAGAAUAAUGGUGAGGCACCAUCGUCUUACCUCCAGCGUCUUCAAGUCAUGCUGAACACCACGUUCAUAAGAGGUGGUGUUCCUGCUGGUGAACUGGACAAGCAGAAAAGGCAAAUUCCACCUAACUUUUCCGAACUUCUUCUCAUGCUCCGGACUGCUGAGAAACAGCAUGAAUUGAAUACAACAAAACCAAAAGUGUUUUCCAACUACCAAGGCGCUCAGUCCCAAAGUCCAGAGCGAGAUACAUCAAAAACUGUUGACCCCCUUUCUGAAAUACAAGACCUCAAGAAGCAGAUCGCCAAUCUGCAGUCCCAUCUUGCAUCUCUAAAGAACAAAAAAGACUCAAACAGUAAAGUAAAGUCAAAAUCCACAAACUCGACCAAGACAAAAGUCCCCCCUGAAAGCCUUAAAACUCCAAAGCCACAGCCUUCAGAACAAAAAUCAGAACCUCAUCCAAGAAAUCGUCCAAAGCCCUGGUACUGCUUCAGAUGUGGGGAGGACGGGCACAUCAAGCCCAGUGUGAAAAUGAGCCAAACUCUCCCCUAGUUGCUGAAAAAAAGAAACUCUUAAGAGAUAAGCAGAUAGCAUGGGACAAAGUGAAUGGACAAGAACCUACUUUUUUAAACUAAAGAGGGCUCCAGUUGUGGGACAAAUUGGAGCUGAACCAAAGACAAAGAAAAAGAGAACUUCCACACACAAGCUGAAAUGUCACUUUCUCUUCCAAAAGGUCUUGUUGGAGCACUGCCCAACAAGACUGCCCAAGUAGCCAUUGACGAUCAAAUGUGCAGCUGUCAAUUUUUUUUUUCAAAUUCAACGACAAACGAACAACAAAGAUUUUUUUCUUUACAUUUUUUUCCGGUU